AUGGGAGACCACAAGCUCUCCCAGAUCAAGCAUGAUGAGCACCUGUUGCUUGAUCAACCACUCCUCCGUCUUCCCUCCGAGCUUCUCCGCAAGAACUUUCGAACGGCGCAUUUCUCAAUUGAGAAGGAUACUGCCGCCCUUAAAACACUGCUAAAGGAUUCUGCUACCGCCACAGUAUCUGGCCGAGCAACACAGGAAGAUGUCCUCCGAAAUGUCGAUGCUAUGAUCACCCGAAUGCGUGGCCUGAAGCGUAAGCUCAUUACAAGUGCUGCUGAGGAAGCUCUUUUGCAUACCCAAGCUGCGGCCCGCAUCGCCCACCUCGACGAACUAUACAAAAUGGAUUCCGUGGAAGACGUGAAAUACGAAACCUGGAGUAGGAAGAGGCUGGAUCGGCUUUUAGCAGAUUACCUCCUUCGCCAUGGGUACAACGAAACUGCAAAGGAGUUGGCGGACCAGCGCGGCAUUAGAGAUCUUGUUGACGUCGACACCUUUGUUGCUGCUAGCCGCAUUCGAGAUUCCCUCAUGAAGGAGAGUGUUGUUGAAGCUCUGGCAUGGUGCACAGAGAACAAGAAGGAGCUUCGCAAGAUGGACAGUAAACUUGAGUUCAUGUUACGAUUUCAACAAUACAUCGAACUUGUCCGCUCCCAGUCCCCGUCCAAGGUCAAUGAGGCCAUCGCCCACGCAAAGAAGCAUCUCAUCCCCUACCGAGCCACGUUUCGUCGUGAGGUUGAACAAGCUUGCGGUCUGCUCGCCUUUCCACCUGGUUCCAUGGCGUACGGAGAGCUCUAUAAGCCUUCGCGCUGGGCCGAACUCGCCGAACUCUUCACCAAAACACACAAUCAGCUUCUCGCCCUUCCUGCGGUGCCUCUUCUCCACGUUGCACUUUCCUCCGGUCUCUCAGCUCUAAAAACACCAGCCUGCCAUACUCACUCCGCAAAUCCAUCGCAAAAUUCAAAUGCUAGCCACACUACUAGUUCCACCGAUGCUACAGAAACAGCUGCUUCGACGCUUGGUCACGGCGUUUGUCCCAUCUGUUCUACCGAGCUCAAUGAACUCGCACGAAACGUACCGUAUGCCCAUCACACACAGAGCCACGUGGAGCACGAUCUGAGACUGCUACCCAACGGUAGCGUCUACGGAAGCGAUCGUCUAGAAACGCAGGCAAGGAAGAACGGCUUGCCUUCUGACAAAAUCAGGGAUUUGCGGACGGGCCAGAUAUUCCCCGUCGAGUCCUUGAAAAAGGUUUACAUUACAUAA